UUAUCAGCGGGCUGUCUGCCAGAGAGCACCGCUGGAGGAGAAGCUGGAGGAGAAGCUGGAGCGGUGUCUGAGCUGCAGGAGAGGAUGUCCGCCAUGGAAGCCCAAAUAAACACUUUCUCCAGCGCGAGGGUGGCGAGGAAAUUCAGCGGAAAAGAGCAGAGCACAGUCCUAAAAUUGUGGUAAGGAUAUAUUCCAUUUGUAGGAUAUUUUUUUUUGAGUUUUGGUGCAAUUUUCUGAAUUGGUAACGUUAAGCAGUGAUAUGUCGUCCUCCAUCUUCUCCAAGCUAAUAACAGCUUCAUUUUACUCUUUUCCAGUCGCUUGUAAAACCCAUUACUCUGCGCAGGAAUUUCCGCUAUAGUCAACCCGACAUGGCGGAUCAGGCGGAGGCCAUUAAGUCAUCUGCCCGGAGUCGGCAGAGAAGAAAGAGACUGCUGGAUGCCAGGAAGACGGUCCUUGCUCCAGACGAACAGGAGUUCUGGAAUGGCAUCACAGCGGACAUGAUGUCGGAUGAGGAGGACGGCAGUGUAGAUGGCGUGCAUGGAUGGAUUGUGCGGCCUCCAUCCUUCCGCAGCCAGGAGCUUUCCAACUUGUGUGCUGCCCUACAGGCCAGGCUGGAAGCUGAUGGAAGGUACACAGCUCUUCAUCACAGACGUUUUUACAAUGGACAGCCGUCUGAAAGACUGAAGCCAUUGAAAUACAACAGGGCAGCAGCGAGGAAACAUGUAAUUCCAGAGCUGAUGCCUGAGACCAGCCCGGAGUGACAGAUCAACUAUAUUUUAGUUUUUGUUUUGAAAUGUAUAUAUUUUUUUGGAACUUUGAACAAUUCUAUUUCAUUUUUUUCAUUUUAAUUUUUUUGUAUUUUUUUUUUAAAGAACAGCUUAUUUUAAUUUUGAUUUCGGAUUACUGAAACUGUAGACUGUUCAAUAAAGCGCUUGUUUUUCAA